AUGUCCACCACUGAAGGCGCGCAAGUACUGUCGCAAGGCGUCGGAUAUGGCGUGGUUCUCGGAAUUGGCUUCGUCUUCGCUGUCCUCAUGAUGGGCCUGUCGACCCUCCAGAACAGAUACACGACGUUCAAGAUCGGCACGUCCGAGGAGUUCAACACCGCGUCGCGGUCGAUCAAGCCCGGGCUGAUCGCGUCUGGCAUCGUCUCUGCGUGGACGUGGGCCGCGACGUUGCUGCAGAGCUCGACGGUGACGUACGAGUAUGGGCUGUGCGGAGGGUACUACUACGCCGCCGGCGCGACGCUGCAGAUCUUCCUCAUGGCGAUUCUGGCCGUCCGCGUCAAGAUGAUCGCGCCGUACUGCCACACGUACCUCGAGAUCGUGCAAGCCCGCUAUGGCAACACGCCGCAUCUCAUCUUCGUCACGUAUGGUCUGGUGACGAACCUCAUCGUGUCGAGCAUGCUUCUGCUCGGAGGCAGUGCCGUCGUGAACGCGUUCACCGGCAUGAACAUUUACGCCGCCAAUUUCCUCAUCCCCAUCGGCGUCAUGGUCUAUGUGAUCCUCGGUGGGCUUCGUGCGACUUUCCUCUGCGACUACACCCAUACCCUAAUCCUUAUGAUUAUCAUACUGUACUUCUAUUUCUAUACCUACACCGAGGCCGAGUUGAUCGGCGGCUUCGAAGGCAUGUACCAGAAGCUGCAGCAGGCGGCGAUCGAGCGGCCCGUUGCGGGUAACGCAGAAGGCUCUUAUAUGACCUUGAAAUCAAACUAUGGACUGGUGUUCAUGAUCAUCCAGAUAUUCGGCGGUCUCGGUACCGUCAUGCUGGACCAGGGUUACUGGCAGCGCGCAAUCGCCUCUAAAGCAAAGACAGCUGUUCGCGCAUACUUGUUGGGCGGUGUAGCGUGGUUCGCCGUGCCGUUGACGUUCUCUUCAAUCAUGGGUCUCGCAGCUGUCGCACUCGCAAACAAUCCAGCCUUCCCUUACACUGGGGGCUUAUCCAGCGGUGAAAUUGAUGCUGGUCUGGCUGCACCCGCUGGUGUCGUAGCAUUGCUAGGAAAGGGUGGUGCUGUGGCAAUGCUGAUCCUCCUCUUCAUGGCUGUGACAUCGGCAGCAUCAUCUGAAAUGAUUGCGACAUCGUCUAUUCUCACCUUCGAUCUGUACCAGAUUCACUUCAAGCCGGAUGCAUCUCCGGAAGUUCUCAUUCGCGUGUCCCACAUCAUGGUCGCCGUGUGGGCCAUUGUCAUGUCCUGCGUCGCCUGUCUCUGGAACGGCAUUGGCAUCUCGCUCAACUGGCUCUUCCUGUUCUCCGGCACGUUGUACACUUCCGCUGUCGGUCCCAUUGUCAUGAGCGUGCUCUGGCGAAAGCAGACGCGCCUGGCGGUGAUCUGCGGCGCACUUGGUGGUCUCUGCGUCGGCGUGACUUGCUGGCUUGUGGUAGCGAAGACAUACUAUGGCGCUCUGACGGUCGAGACCACCGGGAAUAUGUAUCCUAACCUCGCUGGAAACAUGGGCUCGUGCUGCUCAGGUGCACUCAUCUCCAUCAUCGUUACUCUCAUCAAGCCCGACAACGAGUUUGAUUGGUCCGCGACCAAGAAUAUCAACCCGCGCGGGCGGGCUAUAGACGAGCAGCUCAAGCGAGGGCUCAACCCAACCAAGGACAGCAUGUCGAAAGAGAACACGAACAGUGAGACUGCCACAACGGCGGGUUCAGAGAAGGGAGAAAAGACAGAUGCGAUGGUCGUGACCAACUCGGUGGACGAUGAAGACGAGGACACUUCUCUUGCGGUGCCUGAAGAGAGACGGCCGGAGGACUACGAGACAUUGAAAAAGUCGCUACGGGCCGCGACGUGGGCGUCAGUUAUCAUGAGUUUCAUUAUCGUCUUCCUCAUCCCGAUCCCGAUGUUCUUGUCGCAUUACGUCUUCUCUCUCGCAUUCUUCAAGGCAUGGGUCAUCAUCUGCGUCAUCUGGGUGUUUGUCGCAGCGUUCAUUACGUCUGUACUACCCCUCUACGAGAGUCGCCAGGCGAUGGUGGAGAUCUCACGCGGCGUCGUGCGGGAUGUCUUCGGUGGCGGGUUGGCGAAGAAAGAGGUAGUGACGGACUCGAGUGCGUGA